ACGAAGCCGAGCCUUCGCUUCCCCUUCAGCUGGACGGAUGUGCGCGCGCCUUACAACAUGCACAUUGGCCAAGAUCCGCUCAUUUUCUUCGGAGGAUGUUGAGAAUGCAUCCUUGUGUUGUUAUUAUUGCAACGCUGCAGGACCAUGACUCGUACUCUGAAGUCUCACACUCGGUUAUUCAGUACUGUUGCCGCCUAUCGCCUUGACUUGGCGAACGCAACGGCAGGCUCGGAGAUGCGUUCCUUGACCGGUAAGUCUCGUUAUGGCAGCUUACCCCUUCCUUGUUUGGCAUACGACUACCCGAGUCACAGCUUGUCACGCGCGCGCGCCGCGGCCAGAGAUCGAAUGGCAGUGCGGAACGGCCACGAUGGUAGUGAUGACGACGACCAUCGACGUGAAGGAGAUGCCAUAGGGCGAUGCAAGGAAACGCCGGGACACGGGACAAGACGGCAGCGAGCACACCCUCACAGACCCAUCUUUUGCCCACCCAACCUAUUCGUGUCUCUCUCGCACUUCGCUCUCUACCUCUACCUUGCUCUCUGGCAAGAUCUGGUGAUCUUUGCGAGAAUGUCGUAGACGGAAUACAGUCAGGUCC